CAAUCUACAACACCAGCUCCAGUUGAGCCGAUGGACGACAACUUUAUCGUAUUUGUGGAUAGCAGGGCAGACACGCUCUACCAGAUGGACACAAAUGAUCCGAGUAGAUUUCGCACUGUCACUAAGACUGGCCCUAAUCCAGUGGCUAUUGCGUACGAUCCCAAUGGAAAGCGAAUCUACUUUGCAGAUGUCCGAGAAAAUACUAUUAAAAGCGUCAACGUUGACGGAACUGACCUGAAGGUUGUCAAGCAGCUUCUAGCAGAUUCUGAUCCCGAAGGCCUUGCGAUCGACCCCGACAAUGAACUUCUGUAUUACGCGGAUAAUGGACGGAACAUUAUUUCCGUAAUGAAAUUGAAUGGAUCUUUUGAGAAAACAGUGGUUUAUGGGAAUAUUACCCACCCAAGGGCAAUUCAGCUGGACCCAGUGAACAGGAAAAUCUACUGGUCUGACUGGGGCCUUGGGCAGAUUGAUGUCUCAAACAUGGAUGGUUCAGAACGCACGCAGAUUGCCAUUAACAAUACAGAAUGGCCUAAUGGCUUGGCCAUAGAUAUAAAAAACCAACUGAUUUACUUCUGUGAUGCAAAGACAAAUAACAUUGAGGAGAUUGACUUAAAAAACGACAAUGCUCGUAGGGUUGUCCUUGAGGUGCCAGAAGAUAGGUAUGAAGGUAUAAGGACACAUUUCUUUGGCAUCACUCUGGAUGAUACAUAUCUCUAUCUCAGUGACUGGGAGAAAAGACAAUUACACAGGAUUACUAGGGUGAAUGCAUCCAUGUAUCAUGACGGUUAUGGUGCUAAGAAAUUUAGGCGGAUCAAUGGUCUUCAGAUUUAUAAAUCUGCUCUGCGUGUGAAGGCGGAUUCAGUGUGUCAAAACCAGAAUGGAGGUUGUUCACAUCUGUGUAUACCUGUGCCCAAUGGCAGAACUUGUAUGUGCCCCAAUGGAUAUAAAAAACUGAAUGAUACUACAUGUUCUGAUGGUGUGCAACUCCAUGCCACUGGGACAGUUUGGAUUGAGCAAGACAAAGACGGCUCUGGGAUAAUACGUAUGAUCCAUGGCUAUCCUGGAGACUACCUUGAAAAUAGCACUCUCGUAGUGUGGCAGGUACCGCGGGACAACUGGCAUUGGCGAGCUAUGGAUUCAGAUUUUAAUAACAAGGCUGUAAUUAUGAGCGAUGAGGCGGACAAAAUGAUCAUGUCAGUAAAACUAAAUGGAUUGGGCCACAAAAUUAUUUAUGAAGGUACAUCUAGCGAAGUGCAGGGUAUUGCCGUAGACUGGUUACAUGGCAACAUUUACUGGACGGAUUCCACAUAUAACAAGAUCAUGAUCGCUAAGAAUGAAGAAAGAACAAAUAACUCAAGAGUCAUUGUAGAGACUGGGCUUGAGAAACCUAGGGGUAUCGUUGUCAAUCCUAAAUUGGGAUAUCUGUUCUGGGCAGAACAGGGUAAAAAGGAUCAGAUUGAGAGGUCCAACCUAGAUGGCACUGAAAGACAGGUGUUUGUACCCGAUCUCUAUCGACCUAAUGGUCUCGCUAUAGAUUCGGGAAGACUGUACUGGACAGACAAAUAUAAGAUUGAGUCCAUGUUCUUCGACAAGACUCACAGAAAGCAACAUUUUAAAGGGACAGCGUCUAUUUUCAACUUUGUUGACCUAACAGUUUACAAGGAAACAAUAUUUGCGUGUGAUGGGUAUGUACCAGAUUACUACCCUACCCUAUGGUUCAUGAAUACUACAAGUGACACACGUCAUAAACUAACACUCAGGAAUGAGCCAUACGCAAUUUCAAUGUAUCAGGAUGAAACAUUAGCUUCAACAGAGAUAAAUGUGUGUGCGAGUGCGAACUGUCAGCACUUGUGUACAAGAACUACAAACAAGCAAGCUAAAUGUCUUUGCAGAGAUGGUUACAAUCUGGAUCGAAAUCAACAGACAUGUACAAAGGAUGCUAACUAUGACAAAACAGGUGCCUACAUCUACAGUCUUGGCAACCGUAUAUGCCGCAUACCAAUCUCUAUCGCAGGACAAAAUAUAGGACCACCAAACCCAGAUAAUUACUGCUUUUUGCAGAAAAAAGCUGAAAACAAAAUGGAGUACAGAUGGAUUGACACAGACUUCUACUCCGAGAGGAUCUUUGUCUCGGAACAAAGGGAAUUUGAUACCAAAAUUAGCACAUUCCAAGCAUAUGAUUCUGAUAAGUCUCUUAGGACAAUAUUCAAUUACAGAGGAGUCAUCUCAGGGAUCUAUGUGGAUUAUAUAAGUAACAACCUGUACUGGACUGACAGUUUGAGAAAUCAAUUGCUGAUAUCCAGAACUGAUGGCUCUUAUCCAUAUAUACUACAAAAGAAUACGAAGAAUCCUAGUGCAAUCACAGUUGAUCAUAUACCAAGAACUGUGUAUUGGUGCGCUGGAGAUGCAAUCUGGGCUGCAGACACUGAUGGGAAGUCUGUGGGACGCAAGGUGGUCAGUGACAUAAGCUCACCUACUGGCCUGGUCAUAGACUAUGUUGAACGAAGGUUAUACUGGUCAGACAACGUCUGGAUGAUGGUAGGCGCAUUAGAUCUAGACACUGGAGAGUACUGGCAUCAGCAUGAUAGCACUCAAAUAGAAGAUGGUCUCAAUGACAUAACUUUGUUCCAGGAUUUCAUCGUUUUCACGGAUUACAGCAGAUCAAAAAAAAGAGCUGGAAUUCAGAUAGUCAACAAAGAGACAUAUAAGACAGAAAAGCUCAUCUUGCAUAAUAAUACAGAGAGAGCAUAUGGUAUUGUAACAAUGGAUAAAUCACGUCACCACAUGGCUAGGAGCCUCUGUGAUGACAACAAUGGCGGGUGUAAUGAACUUUGUUUGGGUAACAGAAGAGGGCGCUCAUGUCAAUGUACCCACGGGCAUAAGCUUGUCACUGAGCAGAAAUGUAUGCCAAACAUUGCCUAUUUCAAAAAUGAUGAGUUCUUACUGAUAGCAGAUGUCGGCAAACACUUAGUGUAUAGUCUAUCAAAUACUGACCCUGCAUCGUUUUAUCGUGUACUGUCGGCAGCAAAAACACCAAAUGGAAUGGACGUUAAGGAUGUAUUAUGGGAUAACUUACGCAACCGCUUAUAUUGGUUAGAAGGGAAUUUGAUAAAGUCAUCUUUUUGGAACGGAUCAAUGCCUCAAUCUAUUGGACAAGGAGAUAAUAUUACCGAAAUGGCCUUAGACAAUAGAGCCAGAUUACUCUACUACAGCUACUUUGAUGCAUCUACACAGCUGACAAAUAUCAAAGUGUACAAUCUGCAGAGCACUAAUGACAAAAUUAUAGUAAAGAACGCUACCAAUGCCAGGGGACUUGAAAUUGACUUUGCUGGAGGCUACCUAUAUUUUGUGACGCUGGGCCUUGGGAACUCAAUUAUAGAGCGUGUCAUGCUAGAUGGAACUGAUCGUAGAACAAUACAGGCGGGAAAUAUCAACUAUAUUACAGAUAUAUCCAUAGAUUAUAAUUCUGACCCUAAGCUACUAUACUGGACAGAUUCUCAAGCAGUUGAGAUCAAUCGAAUGAACCUGGAUGACCUAACUCAAGCCCCUGUUAAGGUCUGGAGCAAUUCUGCAUCAUCAUAUACACUAGACAAAAUUGCUGUCAAUGGUUCCAUAAUUUAUUUCAACAAUAAAAAAACGAAUCAACUCACUAAGUUAGAUAACAGUGAAUUCAGCUCGGGUUCUACAAUGGUUGGAAAAGAUUUCUUCUUUGGAAUAUCUGAUUUGGAAUACGUGGUCAAAUAUAAGCCCAGUGAUAACCACCCCUGUUUUAACGACAAUGGAGGUUGCAGUGACUUCUGCUUCCGUCAAGGUGUCAAUGGGGAAGGCACAUGUGGUUGUAGAACUGGGAAGGGAUUGAAAGCAGAUAAAAAAACUUGUGAUUCAAUUGGUCUAUGUACAGAGUUUAUCAAGAAUGGUGACUUUGAUAAAUCAUGCAGUCGUAAACCAACCACCUGGUGUAGCUUCACAUGUAAUCCUGGCUAUAGACCUGUUUCUGAUCGGAGGAGCAUUCACUGUGAUGUCACAGGGACCUGGAUUUUUAAUACAGACACCCUUUGCAUGAGUAAUACAUGUGGAACUCUUCAAAUACCUGAGAAUAGCAUCUCCAGAAAUUGUACCUCGAGCCUUUUAGUUCCUGGAGUGACAUGUGGCUUCCAUUGUAAGACAAAGUACGAGCCGACUAGUGGAAAUAAGGAACGCACAUGUCUAAGAGAAGGGCUAAAAUGGAGUGGAUCCCCACUAGUGUGCACAGCUAUCGACUACUGUAAAAAUAAUCCUUGUAAAAACAAAGGAGUUUGCCGUCAAACUGAUGAUGUCAGACUUGUGAAGUGUUACUGUAGGCCCCAUUUCACAGGCCAGUACUGCGAGACACCGAUACCUUGGACAACACCCACUAAAGCAACAACAUCAACAACAACAACAACAACAACAACAACUACAACAACAA